UGUUCGCCUGCCUGUUCAGGGACCCAUGCUAGAGAGAUGAAGAGCACAACAUUUUUCAGUCGGUUCCCAAGACUGCUUCUACACAAAUCUUCUUUUCUUUCUUUUCUCGCCCUCUUUCGUCUGUUCUGCAUAGUUAAAAAGAUCAGCUUCCGCGCGAUUCGACAAUGGCCAGCGAGCAUCAAUAUACUAGCUAGGCAUUAUUUCAACUCAACUUUUAGACGCGCUAUACAUCACUGAAGGUCGCAUGCGUGGUCGUUCUGCUUGCUCGCUUCUUUCACCUUUCUUGUUUCUCAUUCUGGAUAUAGGAAAUAUUCACCACCCCACCGCUCCUUGAACUUGAGACGAAAGUCGAAUGGAAGAGUAUAGAGGGCUUUUGUUCUCGCCAAGCCGUCCAUUGCUACUUGUUUCAUCAACAAGUCAUUUCUCGAGUGUCAAUACAUAAUCUGUUUUUCUUCUAAAAAUCUCUAUGGAUAAUGGCAUCAGGAAAGAGCAUUCGCAAAGACGAUGUCGUCGAAACUCCUGCAGCUACCAGCGAGACUCAUCGCCAUGUCGUACCGUCAAAGGACAGUAUUAUCGAUGCACACAUCGACGAGAAGGCCCUCUUUCAGAUAAUGAACGAGUCUCCGAGGAUGGAAAGUAAAGAUGAGGAAGACUGUGCUUCAUCUCACACCUCCGAUGAGCAGCAAGACGACCCAGUUGUGGUACCUCGACUGGAGCGAAGGGGGCUCUUUGGACAGUUCACACUGCUGGCAGAGGUGCAAGACCCUAAGGUCUACCCUCGAAAAACAAAGUGGUUCAUUACGUUCAUCGUUGCAGUGGCAGGAGCUGCAGCUCCCAUGGGAAGUUCAAUCUUCUUCCCAUCUUUGUCUCAGGUUUCGAAGGAACUAGGGACCUCGACUACUGUCACGAACUUGUCGAUCUCAUUGUAUAUGCUUAGCAUGUCUAUCUUUCCACUGUGGUGGUCUUCUUUCAGCGAGAGGCUUGGACGGCGGACAAUUUAUCUCGUGUCAUUCUGUUUCUUCGUUAUCUUCAACUCCCUGUGUGCCAUCUCUAGCUCAAUCGCUAUGCUCAUUGUUCUGCGACUCCUAAGUGGUGGUGCCUCUGCCUCGGUUCAAGCAGUUGGUGCAGGGACUAUUGCUGAUCUCUGGGAGCCGAGAGAAAGAGGGCGUGCUAUGAACAUUUUCUACCUGGGACCGCUGUGUGGACCAUUGCUAGCCCCUAUUGUCGGUGGUGCUUUGGCUGAAAGAUGGGGAUGGAGGAGUACCUUGUGGUUUUUGGCAGUAUGGGGAGGCAUUACUGUUGUCCUUAUCUUUCUUGCACUUCCUGAAACCCUGGCUGCCUCGAGCCAGGUGCAACAAGUUAUAGACGAACAAGCGGAACCGAUGAAUCGCCAGUUGAGUCGUGUCUCAUCCCGGCAAGUCGUUCAUUUCACCACAAGAUGGCUGAAGUAUUCCAAGAUAGUACUCUUGGAUCCUCUGAAAAUUAUCCUUUACCUGCGAUAUCCUCCUGUUCUGCUCACUGUUUACUAUGCCAGCAUCACGUUCGGCUCACUGUAUGUACUCAAUGUCAGCGUUGAGCACACAUUCGGUGGUAGCCCGUAUAACUUCAGCACAAUCAUUGUCGGCUUGCUCUAUAUCCCAAACUCGCUGGGCUAUGUCGUUGCCAGUACCUUUGGGGGCCGUUGGAUGGACAGCAUCAUGCAGCGGGAAGCGAAGAAGGCCCACCGGUAUGACGAAAAUGGCAAGCUGAUAUACCACCCUGAAGACCGCAUGCGUGAGAACGCCUGGCUCGGAGCUUUUCUUUAUCCUGCUGGGUUGAUCUGGUAUGGCUGGUGUGCGGAUCGGGGGGUAUUCUGGCUAGCGCCGAUGAUCGCGAACUUCUUCUUUGGUGUCGGGUCCAUGCUCAUUUUCGGAAUGGCAACGACGAUGUUGACCGAAUUUAUGCCAAAGAAGUCAUCUGCAGGAGUUGCACUUAACAAUUUCAUGCGCAACAUCUUUUCGUGUGUGGGCUCUGUGGUCACUGCCCCAAUCAUUGAUGCCAUCGGCAAUGGAUGGCUUUUCACCAUCCUUGGACUGGUUGCAUUUGCAAGUAGCUCUGUGCUCUUCGUGAUGAGGAUCUAUGGGCCGCGGUGGAGGAAAUCCAUGGAUGCGCUGAGGAAAUGAUUCCUUAUACAACAAGGUUUUGAUUCUUGGAGCUUGAUUAAGGAGGGUGGCGAUGCUUUGGGUAUCAGAGUCACAAUCUUGGGCUUCCGUCGACACAAGUCUACCACAUUCUGGAAUCAUUUGCCUGGCGCUGGUAUGGGUAUUCCCCUGAUGGAUUUUCCUACGCAGAUGCACCUGGCUCUAGGCUGUGUCCCUGCCUGAAGCUGUGUCUAGCUCGGAGCCUCAUUGCUACGAAAGUGGCGAUCACAUCAGCAUAUUCCAGGAAACUUGCACAGCUUGAUGAUACCUGACGCACGUUAUGUUAUUUUUAG